AUGACGAGGAUGGAACGAUGGCACGUGGCGCUGGUGGCGCUGGCUAUCCUCGCCGGUACGGGCGUCGGCGUCGCCUCCGAGCAGAUGCAGUCACGCGCUGUCGACACCGGAGUCGACCUUCGAGUACCUGAGGACCGACCUAUAGGAACUGUCGUUGGGAAAAUCCCAACAAAACCAGGCUUCACCUAUAGAUUCAAUGAACCUCCCAAGGAAUUUAUUCUUGAUCCUGUAACUGGUGAAAUAAAAACUAAUAUGGUGCUUGACAGGGAGAGCGUGGACCGAUAUGCAUUUGUCGUCUUAUCUAGCCAACCCACUUACCCGAUAGAAGUAAGAUUACGUGUAACAGAUGUAAAUGACAACUAUCCGGAAUUUCCGGAGCCUAGCAUAGCAGUGGCUUUUUCUGAAAGCGCGGCACCCGGAACAAAAUUACUGUUAGAUGCUGCAACUGAUAAAGAUUUAGGUGAAAACGGAAUAACCAAUGAUUAUAAAAUAAUAGACGGAGACAAUGAAGGCAAGUUUCGUUUAAAUGUUACGGUUAAUCCUAGUGGACAAACAUCUUAUCUCCAUCUUGAAACAAUAGGGAAACUGGAUAGAGAAACUAAUGACUUUUAUAUACUUAACAUAUCGGCGCGAGAUGGCGGUAAUCCUCCAAAAUACGGAUAUCUUCAAGUAAACGUUUCUAUUUUAGAUGUAAAUGAUAAUCCACCGAUAUUUGAUCAAAGUGAUUUUUCUGUAUCCCUGAAUGAAAGUGUACCUCCUGGGACAACAGUCUUAAAAGUUACAGCUACAGAUAGCGAUUUGGGUGAUAACAGUAAAAUAACUUAUGAAGUAACAGAUACAGAAAAACAAUUUGCUGUAGAUCCAGAGUCUGGCAUCAUAACAACUACAAAAAAAUUAAAUUGUCCUAAAUAUUGCACCAACACAACAUGUAAUAUGACAUGUGUUUUAACAAUAAUCGCAAAAGAUCAUGGUGUACCUCGUCAGGAUGCUCGGACUUACGUUACUGUUAAUCUAAUUGAUGCCAAUGAUCAUGACCCAGUCAUUACGUUUACUUAUGUCCCAUCUACAGCUAAUUUUGCCACUGUAGACGAAAAUGCAAAAAACGGUUCACUUGUGGCUGCAAUAACUGUAAGUGAUAUGGAUGCAGGAUUGAAUGGAAUAACUAGUAUUCGAAUAGUAUCAGGAAAUGAACUUAAUCAUUUCCGAUUAGAAAAUUCGUCAAGUGUGUAUAUAGUACAUGUGAAUGGGAUUUUAGAUAGAGAAGAAAUAAGUAAAUACAAUUUAACUGUGGUGGCAACUGAUAGAGGUACACCACCACGUACAGCUACAUCAUAUCUUGUGAUUCACGUUAAUGAUGUCAAUGAUCAUGAGCCCGUUUUUGAAAAAUCCGAAUAUUCAGCGAUUUUGAGUGAACUUGCACCUUCAGGAACGUACAUUGCUAGUAUAACUGCCACUGAUGAAGACACCGGAGUGAAUGCUGAGAUAUUUUAUGACUUUUACGAUGGUAAUAAUCUUCAGUGGUUUGAAAUUGAUCAUCUUACUGGAUUAGUCACAACAAAAUCAGUUUUGGAUCGUGAAAUUCAAGGGACUGUGGAGCUUAACGUGUCAGCAAGAGAUGGGGGUCCUAAUCCCAAGUGGGCUUACACGAGAUUAAAAAUAACGAUAUUGGAUGAAAACGAUGAAGCACCAACAUUUCCCCAAAUAAUUCUUAAUGCAACAUUACACGAAAAUAUUAAGCCAAUAAAGGAAAUAUUGAUAUUGACAGCUUCUGAUUACGACCAAGGAACGAAUGGUUCAGUUUCUUAUUUAUUUCCUUCAAGCAUUGAAAGAAAAUAUCCAAAUACUUUUGCUUUGGAUCCGAUAACUGGGCAAUUGAGUACACUUGUUGAGUUAGAUAGAGAAAAAAUAGCAAUGUAUGAGUUAAAAGUUCUUGCAAAAGAUCAAGGUUUCCCACCGCAGUCUUCUACAGCUACUAUCUUUCUGAAUGUUUUAGACGUCAAUGAUAAUGAUCCUGUGUUUUAUCCACAAAGAUAUAUGGAAAGUGUAAGUGAAGAAUUGCCCCCUGGAACAAAUAUUUUGCAAGUAAAGGCAUUUGAUUUAGAUGAAGGUGAAAAUGCGAGGAUCAUGUACAAACUUGAAAGCGGGGGAGAUGGUUAUUUUGACGUAGAAACUUGGACAGGUAAUGUAAUAUUGCAGAAAGAUUUUAGAAAUGCUCCUUUAAAAAUUUAUUCGUUGAAAAUAUCUUGUAGGGACAAAGGAAAUAGAGGAGCUUUUGAAGAUGCAGUGGUUGAAAUUGUGAAAACGUCUUACCGUAAACACCUUGAUUUUCAUGAAUAUAAUGGGUAUAGUUUUAAAAUUCUUGAAGACAAAGGUACUUCUCAACCCGAAAUUGGCCGUUUUGUUGGAAAAGUCGGAAUCAAAGCCUCACACGACACAGUUUCUUACUACAUUUUAGAAGGAGAUCCAAAACAUAUUUUUAAGAUUGAUGAAAAGAGUGGUAUUAUAACAACGAACGCUAAUGUGGACCGCGAGGAUAAAAUAACAUACCACUUAAAAAUUAUGGCAAAAUUUGGUGUUGCUUUUGGCUUUACAACUGUGAACAUAUCAGUGUUGGAUGUAAAUGAUAACUAUCCUAUUUUUCUUGAAGAUAAAGAUGAAAUACAUAUUAAUGAAAAUAUGGCUGUUGGCGAGGAAGUUUAUUUUGCAAGAGCUAUUGAUCGUGAUUCUGGUUCUAACAGGACUCUAUCUUAUACUCUGAGUAGCAAUCAUGACCAAAACUUUAGAAUUUCUGAAACAACGGGCGUUAUUUAUUUAAAAAAACCAAUAUCUGGUGAACCAGGCAAUGUCAUGUUAAUUGACGUGACAGCAUCUGAUAAUGGUAACCCAUCACUUGCCACAAAUCACACUAUAACUGCUGUAAUCGAUGACGUCAAUGAUCAUACACCAAUAUUUGACCAUACUUCAUAUGAAACAUCACUACUAGAAUCAACGCUUGUCAAUACUAGAUUUUUUUCAAUAUCUGCGACCGAUGCUGAUCUUGGAGAAAAUGGUCAAGUAUCGUAUUAUAUACUUGAAGGGAAUACAGAUAACAAAUUUGGAAUAUUUCCUGAUGGAUUUUUAUACGUCAAGAGUUCUUUGGAUAGAGAAAAAAGAGAUUACUAUUCACUGACUUUAGUAGCAUUUGAUCAUGGGGUACCCCAAAGAUCAUCACAAGUUCCUGUUGUUAUACAUGUAUUAGAUGAAAAUGAUAAUAGCCCUCAAUUUACUAAUACUACAUUUGUAUUCAAAAUAAAGGAAAAUGAACCACCUGAUACAUAUGUUGGAAAAUUAACAGCCAUUGACAAAGACAUUGGCCGUAAUGCAGAAUUAACUUUUAGUUUGCCUGGAACACAAAACGAUUUUCGCAUUGAUUCUAGAAAUGGUUUUAUUAAAACACUAAAGUCAUUUGAUAGAGAAAGCUUAUCACACAAUACGGGGCAAAAUUAUAUUACUCUAACAGUCACAGUAAGCGAUAACGGGAAAGUUAAAUUAUCUGAUUCCGUAAGAGUGACAAUAUAUGUAACAGAUGUAAAUGAUAAUGCACCAAUAUUUACUAGAACGCCAUACAAAGUUGAAGUAUCUGAAGGAACUGCUGUUGGAGCUUCAAUAAUGAGAGUUUACUCUACGGAUGCUGACGAAGGUCUUAAUGGUGAUAUCUAUUACAAACUCAUUGGAGGCGAUGACAGUGGAAAAUUCUCCUUAGACGAAGCAACAGGACAGUUGUUCAUUAAUAAACCACUAGAUAGAGAAAUAUCUGACCAUUAUCAAUUGACAAUAUUAGCUCAUGAUUCAGGACAGUUCCUGCGCUUAUCAGCUACAACUACUAUAUCGAUAGAUAUAUUGGAUGAAAAUGAUAACGCUCCGGUUUUUACUCAGACAGACAUGGAAGCAUUUGUUUUAGAAACGGAACCAAUCAAUAAGAAAAUUAUUCAGUUUCACGCUACAGAUGCAGAUUUAGGAAUCAAUAAAGAACUGCAAUUUUUCAUAACGGCAGGAAAUAGAAAAGAAGCGUUUUAUAUUGACAGUUAUUCAGGUGAAUUAUUUUUGCACAAGAAACUAGAUUAUGAAGAUUUAACGUCAUAUACUUUGAACAUAACCGCCACAGAUAAUGGGAGCCCAAGUUUAUCAUCGAGUAUAGUUUUCACUGUAAACGUUAUUGAUGCCAAUGACAAUGCUCCUGUGUUUACUAACACAGCCAUCGUGCGUCAAAUUAGAGAAGGCAUACCAAAACAUACACCCAUCGUCACAGUGACCGCAGAGGAUCCUGAUUCUGGUUUGAAUGGAAAAGUAUAUUACUCUAUCGUUCAUCAGGAACCGAACAAUAAUCGACGCCAUUUUGCGAUUAAUAAUUUAACUGGAGUUAUUCAUACGUUACUACCUAUCGACAGGGAAAGUAUUGAUACUUUUAGAAUAACAGUAGUUGCUUAUGAUAGAGCUGAACCACCUUCAACAAGACUGUCUGCAGAAAAACUGGUAACAGUUAUUGUUGAAGAUAUUAAUGACAAUGCUCCAAUAUUUGUUUCAAUGAAUGCUGCUGUAAUAAAUACAAAUAGAAUAGGAAGAAGUAUCAGUCGAGGAAUAUUUAUUAUGAAUGUACUGGCACUUGACUUGGACUCGGGAACAAACGGAUUAGUGACGUACAAACUUAUUCAUGGUGGAAAUGAUUUAUUUGAUCUGCAUAGAAGCAACGGCGCCUUGACGCUCCGCUAUCCUCCGUCGCCUCCCGAAGCUAGAUGGAGCCUUGUUAUAAAGGCUACAGAUGAGGCAGUUUUGAGUGAACAAAGAAGUACUGAAGCAUAUGUCAAUGUUAUCCUGGGAGGAACUGAAUUGGAUGGUGUUACUUGGACUAACGAUGUGUCUGUUUCCGUUGCUGAAAAUGAGCCCGCGGGUACUGCUAUACUAAAUGUCACGAAUAACUAUAAAUCUGGACUAGAAUACUACAUAGUGAAUGUAACUGGUGACGGUAAACAAGUGCAUAGGCUGUUUGAUAUUGAUUCUUUGCUAGGAAUUUUAUCAACAGCAGUUUCUUUGGACCGUGAAGCUGGUAUCGAGAAGUAUGAAGUUGAGAUUUGCGGCGUUUCUUCUGGAACUCCGCUUAAAACCACUACCACUAAGGUGGAGAUUGUCAUUUUGGACAAAAACGACAGUCCACCAGAAUUCAAGAACAUCCCUCCAGCUUACAUGGCCUCUGAGGACUUGGCUCCGGGCCAGCGUAUUGCCACAAUAACAGCAGAAGAUCCCGACACUAUUGGAAGUAUCGUGUACAGCAUCCAGACUAAAGAGCCAUUGCCUUUCGUGUUGGAUCGUAAAACUGGAGUAUUAUCCUUGAAGGACCCUUUGGAUAGAGAGACGGUGUCGGAGUACCAAGUGGCCAUAAGGGCUGAUGAUGGCGUACAAUUUACAGAUGUUACUAUUGUUGUGCAGGUUACAGAUACAAACGACAACCCACCCGCGUUCAAGGAGAAUGCUUACUCAUUCGACAUUCCCGAGGACGCGGCCCGAGGGACCGUGGUGGGCACUAUUUCCGCCGUAGAUUUGGACUCUGGGCCUAACGCCCAACUCACAUACACUAUAAUAUCAGAUUGGGCAAACGACGUCUUUUCGCUGAAUCCACAAACCGGAGUUUUUACUCUCACUGCCAGAUUGGAUUAUGAAGAGACGCAGCAUUACAUACUUGUGGCCCAAGCACAAGACAAUGGUCUCCCAUCUCUGUCAGGGACCGUAACAAUAUACGUAAACGUUAUUGAUCUCAACGAUAAUGCUCCUAUUUUUGAUCCCAUGAGUUUUUCAAACGAAAUUCCAGAAGAUGUACCCAUAGGAUCUUCGGUUGUUACUGUUAGCGCAACGGAUAUAGAUUCAGGAUUAAAUAAUAAACUGACUUAUAGCAUCACAUCAGGAGAUGAAAACGAAGACUUCAAGAUAGAAAAUAAUGGGACAAUAUUUUCCGCAAAAUUGCUAGAUAGAGAAGUUAUUCCUAUUUACAAUUUAAUUGUAACGGCUAGAGAUUCAGCACAAUCGCCAGAGCCCCAGCUAUCUUCUACAGUUCAGGUCACUAUUCAACUAAAAGAUGUUAAUGAUAUGGCACCUGAAUUUAUUUCUCAAAAUACAACAACGGUAUCUGAAAAUAUACCAUUGAAUACAGUGGUAAUGACAAUUAAAGCGAUUGAUAAAGAUGAAGGACGAAAUGGAUAUGUUGAAUAUUUCAUAAACCCGAACCCUGAAAUUAAUGGUUAUUUUUCUUUGGGUAAUGCUGACGGUAUUCUGAGAGCUAUUGGUAAACUGGAUAGAGAAUUGAAAUCUAGCUACAUUUUAACUAUUACUGCAAAAGAUAGGGGUGAUCCUCCAAAUAUGACACAAAUGGAGCUAAAAAUCAACAUACUUGAUGAAAAUGACAAUAGUCCAGUGUUUGACCCAAAACAGUAUAGUGCGUCUGUUUCUGAAAAUGCUAGUAUAGGAGCUAGUGUUUUGCAAGUUUCAGCUACUGACAUAGAUGAAGGAUCUAAUGGCCGCGUUAGGUAUUCAAUAGCAUCUGGUGAUGAAAAUAGAGACUUUAGCAUAAGUGAGGACACAGGAGUAGUAAGAGUCGCAAAAAAUUUGAAUUUUGAACGUAAAUCUCGUUAUUUACUUGCUAUAAAAGCCGAAGAUUGUGCUCAGGAUGAUGUCAGAUUUGAUACAGCUGAAAUAUCUAUUUCGAUCCAAGAUAUAAACGAUAAUCCGCCCACGUUCUUAGAUUCUCCCUAUUUAGCAUAUGUUAUGGAAAAUAUGGUACCUCCUAAUGGAGGCUAUAUAAUAACGGUCCAUGCUUAUGAUGCCGAUUCACCACCAUUUAACAAUCAAGUCCGAUAUUUCAUAAAAGAAGGUGAUGCAGACCUCUUUAAAAUAAAUGCAUCUUCUGGCCAGAUUUCUUUGUUGAGAACAUUAGACCGUGAAGCACAAGAUGAAUAUACAUUGGCUCUUGUAGCAAUGGAUACAGGUUCACCUCCUCUAACUGGAUCUGGUACAGUCAAAGUUAUUGUGCAAGAUAUUAACGAUAACAGUCCUGAGUUUGAAAGGCAAAGUUACAGAACAAGUGUUAAAGAAAAUUUGCCACCAGGUGCAGUUAUUGUAAAUCCUAAAGCAACAGAUAAAGAUUUAGGAAACAAUGCUAGAAUCAGAUAUAGUCUUCUUGGAGAUAAGUCUGAGAGGUUCGUUAUUAAUUCAGCAACAGGUGUCAUAUCCACAAAUGCUAGUUUAGAUAGAGAAGAAUGGGAUAUCUACUAUUUAAUUAUUAUGGCUCAAGAUUCUUCUACUACUGAACCCCGUACUGCAACCGCAAAUCUUACAAUCGUAGUUGAAGAUGAAAAUGAUAACACUCCUACGUUUUCACAUCAAAUAUAUGAAGCUCAAAUUUCAGAGAGAACUCUUAAAGGUGAUUUUGUUUUUGGAGUGAAAGCCAAAGAUAACGAUAUUGGUUUGAAUAAAAAGAUUGUGUAUGAUUUGAAGGGGGAGCAUCAAGAAUUUUUCAGUAUAAAUAAAGAAACAGGUGUUAUCAAAGCAAAAGACAAUAUUAUACAACAUAGAGGAAAAAGCGGAUCUACGUUUAAUCUUAUAAUAGUUGCAACGGAUAGCGGUGAUUUCCCAAAACACAGUACAGCUGAACUAAUUUUAACACCAAUAUCCGUAAAGAACUUUCCAAAAUUUACGAUUUCCAAUAAGCAAUCAUUUUCUUUUCCGGAAAACACCGCAGAUAAUGUUUUAGUAACAAGAUUAUCUGCAACAACACCAAAAAAAGGACCAACAAGUUUGCUGCAGUAUGCAAUUGCUGGCGGAAAUAUUGGUGAUGCUUUACGAGUAGAGCCAAUAAGUGGAGAAGUGUUUAUAACGGGUAAAGGUCUAGAUUAUGAGACAAUGCCUCUAUAUGAAGUUUGGUUUGAAGUUAAAGAUUCGGAUAAUCCACCCCUAAAAUCUUUCAUUGAAAUUGAAAUCAAAGUAUCUGACGCCAACGAUAAUGCUCCUAUAAUAGAAAAUUCACUUUAUAACGCUUCGGUACCUGAAGAAGAAUCUCCACCUCAAUUUAUUAUUCAAAUAGCGGCCCACGAUGCUGAUUCUAAUGAAAAUGGAAGAGUAUCAUUUAGAUUGGUCAAUGAUUAUGAUGAGACAUUUAAGAUCGAUUCAGAAACUGGCGAAAUAUUUACCAACAUGGCUUUAGAUAGAGAAUCAAUCUCGUUUUACGAAAUUACAGUUGAAGCUGUUGAUCACGGUGACCCACAACUUAUUGGAACUUCGACUGUCGUACUGACAGUUUUGGAUAAAAAUGACAAUCCACCUAGAUUCACUCGACUGUUCAGUGUGAAUGUCACAGAAAAUGCUGACAUUGGUUCAUUUGUGAUAAAAGUUACUAGUUCUGAUUUGGAUUCUGGUGCCAAUGCAAAUGCUACUUACAGUUUUGUUGAAAAUCCGGGUGGAAAAUUCAAUAUCGAUCCUAUUAGUGGAAAUGUAACUGUAGCACGACCUUUAGAUAGAGAACUACAAGAUGAAUAUAUUUUAAAAGUUGCUGCCAUCGACGGUGCUUGGCGAUCUGAAACACCAUUAACAAUAACAAUACAAGAUCAAAACGAUAAUGCUCCUGAAUUUGAGUAUUCCUACUAUAGUUUUAAUUUCCCUGAAUUACAAAAAAAGAAUAGUUUUAUAGGGCAAGUCAUUGCAACAGAUAGAGAUAAGCAAGGUCCAAACUCCAUCAUUUCUUAUUCACUACAGCAACCCUCAGAACUAUUUUCUAUUGAUCCUGCAACUGGUGAAAUACUGAGUAAAUUUAUAAUGGAUUACAAACAAACAUCUAUUAAUUUAUCACCAGAGAAUACUUAUUCAGUUAUAGUAGUUGCUACAGAUAAUGGGAAACCUCCAAUGUCAUCAGAAUGUCUAGUAACAAUCAAUGUAGUAGAUGCCAACAACAAUGCACCCAAAUUUAAAGACCAUGAAAGACUGGUUCCAGUCCCACGAGAGGCUGUUUUAGGUGAACGCAUAAUAAAAUUGACCGCCGAAGACAAUUUGGACUUUGGAAUUAACGCAAAUAUUGAAUAUCGUAUUGCAGGAGGAAAUGGAUCAUCUUACCUUUCUAUAGAUAAAGCUACUGGUUGGAUAAUUGUAAAUAAACAGUUUUACGGUUAUGGGCAGUAUUAUGAACUAAAAGUAAAAGCUACAGAUCUUGGCAUACCCCCACAGGCAGAUGAAACUAGUUUAGUAUUUGUUGUAACAGGAGAAAAUAUGUACAGUCCAAAAUUUACAGCCCUAAGUUAUCAAGUCAGUGUCCCAGAAAAUGAACCUAUAGGAUCCCCUAUACUCACUGUUAAAGCAAGUGACGAAGAUGAUGGGCCUAAUGGUAUGGUCAGGUAUUAUAUAAGCUCCGGAAAUUCAGGAAAAGAAUUUCAUAUCGAUCCUUUAUCUGGCACUUUAACUAUAUUACGAACAUUAGACUACGAUACAGUACAAGAAUAUAGACUUAACAUUACUGCAAAAGAUCUGGGAUAUAAAUCAAAAGAAGCAACAGCUACUCUUACUAUAAUUUUGACGGAUAUUAAUGAUAAUGCUCCUGUGUUUACUCAAAGUCGCUAUGAAGCAUACUUACCAGAAAAUUCUCCCAAUAAUACUCUAAUAUUUAAAGCGCAAGCAAUUGACAUUGAUUCGCCUAAAAAUUCUAUUAUCAGAUAUUAUAUUGAAAAUGCUAACAACAUUCAUUUGUUCUACAUCAAUAUGUUCACUGGUGAAAUUUUUUCAAGAGAGGUAUUUGAUUAUGAAGAAAAAUCAAUAUAUAAACUAGUAAUCCUCGCUAAGAAUCCUGAAUCAACCAUGCAGUCCACAACUGAAGUAAUUGUUCACAUAACAGGUGUAAAUGAAUACUAUCCUAAAUUCAUUCAACCUGUAUUUCAUUUUGACGUAUCAGAAUCUGCUGAAGUGGGAACAAAUGUUGGGGUGAUCCAGGCUACAGAUCAAGAUAACGGAGAAGAUGGUUAUAUCUAUUAUUUAUUUGUUGGAUCAAGUAACGAUAAAGGCUUCAGUAUUAAUUCACAAACUGGGGUUAUAAGAGUUGCCAGGUAUUUAGAUCGAGAGACACAAAACAGAGUGGUAUUGACAGUUUUAGCUAAAAACGCUGGGGGUAUCCGUGGAAAUGACACAGACGAAGCUCAAGUUAUUAUAUCGAUUCAAGAUGGCAAUGAUCCACCAGAAUUUUUAUUGCAAACUUACGAUGUGACUAUAUCAGAAGAUGUUUACGUUGGUCAACAAAUAAUCCGAGUUAAAGCAGUUGAUAAAGAUGUUCGACCGCAGAAUAAUCAGUUUAGCUAUUCUAUUAUUGGAGGUAAUUACAAUCAAGAUUUUAAAAUAGAUCCACAAACUGGCGAUAUAGAAGUAGCUCGAAAUUUAGAUCGAGAAACAAUGCCAACUUAUACAUUAAUAGUAGGAGCUAUAGAUACAGGUAUUCCACCACAAACUGGAACAGCUACCGUUAAAGUUAAUUUGUCAGAUGUAAAUGACAAUGGUCCAGUAUUUGAUGUUAUCAAUUUUGAAGGAAAAGUUUACGAAAAUGAACCCCCAAAUACUAGUAUCACUACCUUAUCAGCAAAAGAUCCAGAUUUGCCACCAAAUGGCGCACCAUUUUCUUAUUCGAUCAUAGGAGGGAAAAAUGAAGAUUAUGUAAAAGUGCAUAGACAUACUGGAGUUCUUUUGACGAAGAAAAAGAUCGAUAGAGAGGUUACAUCAAAUUUAGAAUUAGUUAUACAAAUUGAAGAUAGUGGAACGCCUGUGAUGAAAUCCAAUUUUACGAUACAAAUUGAAGUAUUAGACAGAAAUGAUAAUCCUCCAUCUCCUAGAUCUGUUCAUAUUCUGGUUUAUUCGUUUAAUAAUCAGGUUCCUAGUGAGAAAAUAGCUAAUGUAAAACCAAAUGAUCCCGAUGUAGUUGGUGAUUAUCAUUGCAAGAUUAUAAGAGAAUCUACAUCAGAAAACACACUUUCCAUUUUAAGUAUAAGAAAUGGAUGCGACCUUUAUACCGAAUCUAUAAAACCUGGUCAAGGUUAUUCGUUUUCUGUAUCAGGUAAUGAUGGAAUACAUAGGGAUGUUGUUUCAUCCGUAAGCGUUGAAUAUUUUUCGUUUGACAACACAACUGUUGAGCAAUCAGUUACAAUGAAGAUUAUCAAUAUGACCUCGCAAGAAUUCCUAACCCAAUACUAUCGCAGUUUACUGGAAAUAUUAAAGAUUGGCAUUCCCAUAAAAGAAAAUAUUUAUUUAUAUAGCAUCAAUGAAGAUUCUGGCAAUUUGGAUAUAACAUGGGCAACUCGUGAAAAUUAUACAACAAUAAAAAAGGAAAAUACAGAAAAGUACCUUAAACAAAAAGAACUCGAAAUUUCAAAAUUAUUGAGAAGAAAUAUUAUUGUACCAUAUUUCCCAUGUGCUUCACAAAAAUGUCAAAAUAAUGGUCGUUGUACUGACCAUUUUAACGUUCAAGAUAAAUUUGAAGUAACAGAAAGUUCUACCCUUAUUAUAUCUUCUCCGUUGGUUAAGCAUGAAUAUAAUUGUGAUUGUACGGAUGGAUUUGUGGGCCUUAAUUGUGAAAAGCGUCAAGAUCCGUGUUCGCCAAAUCCGUGUCUGUUUGGAGGUCUUUGCCGUAAACAAGGCCAUAAUUUUAUAUGCAAUUGCCCACCUAGACGAGAAGGUAAAAUUUGCGAUCAGGAAAGAAAUGAUGUUUGCAGUAGUAAUCCAUGUAAAAAUGGUGGAUCGUGUAAAGAAAGCGCUGACCUUAGUUCUUACUUUUGCUUAUGCCGACCCGGAUAUCGAGGUAAUCAAUGCGAAGCUUUGGUAGAUUCUUGCAGACCCAACCCAUGUUUGCAUGGUGGAAUUUGCAUAAGCUUAAAACCUGGUUACAAAUGCAGUUGCAGUAAUGGUAGAUAUGGUACGCAUUGUGAAAGUACAACAUUUGGAUUUAAUGAAUUAUCAUUUAUGCAAUUCCCUGCAUUAGAUGCCUCAACCAACGAUAUCACAAUAAUAUUCGCCACAACAAAACCGAAUGCUUUAUUACUUUAUAAUUAUGGUGCGCAAACAGGAGGAAGAUCAGAUUUUAUUGCUAUUGAAAUACUCGGAGGAAAGCCACUAUUUUCAUUUGGUGGAUCCAGGACUUCAAUAACAUCGGUUGCUUUGGCAGAUCCUAAAAUAAAUCUUGCCAAUGGAGACUGGUACAAACUUACUGCUACAAGGAAUGGUAGAGUGAUUUCAUUGAGCAUUGCAUCUUGUACAGAUCAUGGAGAUGUAUGUACUGAAUGUGAACCUGGAGAUGACAGCUGUUAUAAAGAUGAUACAGGACAAGCAGGCACACUUAACUUCAAUAAUGAGCCACUACUUAUAGGCGGACUUCACAAAGCGGAUCCAGUUUUAGAGCGCCCUGGGCAAAUCCACUCUGAUGACUUCGUGGGUUGCAUGCACAGUAUAUCUAUCAAUGGCCGUUUAUUAAAUAUGACAAAUCCUAUUAAUGCAAGACAUAUAGAACCUAACUGCGGAAGAUCAGAAAAAGGGGUGUGUCAAAAGAAAGAUAAAUGCAAUUUCGGAGAAUGUUUAGACAGGUGGAAGACCAACUUUUGUAAAUGUGGAGAUCAUUUCAUUGCUCCCGAUUGUAGUUUAUCCUUACAAUCAAUAUCUGUAACGGAAAACAGCUUUAUUUCUUAUGUAACUUCAGAAAAGCAUAGAAGAAUGCAACUACUUGAGAAUUUUUAUGCUGGUAAUACUGGUUGGGAUAGGAAAGUUAGUAAAUCUCCCGGCAAACUUAUGACAAAACUGAACAGUCCUGCCAAAAGUUUGUCAUUUAAUUUUAGAACAUAUAGGAAAGAUUGUAUUUUGUUUUAUGGAGCCACAGACAAAUAUUACACUUUGAUAGAAUUGAUAGGAGGGAAAGUAAGCUACACAUCAAAACAAACCACAAUUGUUAAUAUGACACAAAUAGAACAAAAUGAUAUCGCUGAUGGCACUUGGCAUAAUAUAACGUUGUUUUCACUAGGGCGCAGUAUAAGUCUAAUUGUCGAUGGUAAAAACAUAGGCGAAGAACUUGAUGCAGCUGGUGUUCAUGACUUUUUGGAUCCAUAUUUGACAUUAAUAUCUUUAGGUGGACUAAAAACUGACUCACUUUCUUUAUCGGAACAUGGUAAGUUUGAAGGUUGUUUAGCAAACUUUACAAUCAAUAACGAAAUACAACCUUUUACUGGCAACGGAAGUAUUUUUAAAGAAAUAGUUCGUCAUGGAAAGAUAUUGUCUGGUUGUCCUAGUAAUUUUGGUAUGGGUCAUGCUCAGAGUACCGAUCCUUUGAGUAUUGGGAUAACAUUAGUUAUUGUGUUUUUUAUUAUUUUGAUUCUCGCUAUCCUUGUGUCAAUUAUUCUAUAUAGACUUAGAAAGCAGAAGGAAAAAGGAAAUGGACCAAUUAAUAAAAAUAACAUAGUUCAUACAAAACAAAAUGGCGGACCUGCCAUGUUAAAUGCCCCAAAUUUAAUUGCUGGAACUAAUGACAGUUUAAUGGCAAGGAAUAUGCACAAUAAUGAUAACAGUUUAAAUAGCUAUAUUAUGCCCGAAAAUGUUCACAUUGUUGGUCCUGAACUGUUAUCAAAGAAAUAUAAAGACCGCGACAUCAUCAACAUUGAUCCACCUAGACCACAAAGACCUGAUAUCAUUGAACGUGAAGUUAUUGGAAAAAGCCCACCAUUGAGAGACGACCACCAUCCAUCACAACCGCCUUCCACUAACGCAUCUCAUCAUAAUCAUGAUCACCCAAGUGGUUUAGAUUUAAAUUCCGAAGUUCCUGAGCAUUAUGAUUUAGAAAAUGCCAGUUCUAUAGCACCUUCUGAUAUAGAUAUUGUAUAUCAUUAUAAAGGUUUCCGAGAUGCCGCUGGACUUAGAAAAUAUAAAGCAACUCCCCCUCCAGUUGCUGGAUAUCACCAUAAACAUCAAACUCCUCAACAUAGACACUCUCCCCACCACCCAAGUGGAUAUCCUCCAAGAAUAUUACCCCCUUCAACUCAACCUCCACCCCAACCUAGAACACAUCAAACAACACCACUUGCAAGACUGUCUCCUAGCAGUGAAUUAAGUCAACAGCCACGCAUAUUGACGCUUCAUGAUAUAUCUGGAAAGCCAUUACAGAGUGCUUUGUUAGCGACAACGUCUAGUUCGGGUGGUGUUGGAAAAGACGUGUUGCAUAGUAACAGUGAAAGAAGUCUUAAUAGUCCAGUAAUGUCUCAACUGAGUGGACAAAGUUCUUCUGCAGGAAGAAAAACACCAAGUGCUCCUUCACAGGUGCCAAAAGUUGUAUCCGUAGGAUCGGGUGCUGUAGGCCUAACUGCAGAAGAAAUAGAAAGAAUGAAUGCCAGACAACGAACGUCAAGUUUGGUGUCGACUCUAGAUGCAGUAUCAAGCUCUAGCGAAGCUCCUCGGGGUGGUGGGGUGGGUCAUCAUAUAUCUCAUAGGCAUCAUUCUCCACAAAAUGAUAACAGAAGUUCUUCUGGGUCAGAUGAUGAAAGUGGUAAUGAUAGUUUUACUUGUUCCGAAAUAGAAUAUGACAAUAAUAGUAUGAAUGCUGACAAACCAGAUGAAGUAAGAAGGCAAAAUCUUAGUAGUGGAAAUAGUUCGAAUAAACCUAUAUUACUACCACCGUAUGAAAGUUUUGAUUCUUCAUUUCGAGGUUCCUUAAGUACUCUAGUUGCAUCAGACGAUGAGUUAGCUCCACACCUAAGUUCUGCUUUAUAUAGACAAGUAAACGGUUCUCCUGCAUCCGGUAGUUUAGGGUGGGAUUAUUUAAAUUUGAUAAAUUGGGGUCAAAAUUUUGAGAGUAUGAUUGGGGUUUUCAAGGACAUUGCUGAACUUCCAGAUUCAGUAAAUGGGCGCAUUUCUUCCUCCCUCAGGCUUCCUAAUGGUACGCCAAAGCCAUCUGAAGAAUAUGUAUAAGUGUACAAAACCUGUUGAAAUAUAAAUGUGUAAAUAAUUAGUAAUAAGUUAAUUGUAAAAUUGUACAUAUUUGUUUAUGAGUGACCUUGUAUCAAGGUUGCUGAUAUUCAAUUCUCUUGCCAUAUCUUUGUAUUUUCUGUGACCAAUUUUUUGAAGCUGCCACGAUGACAAGAUGCGGUUUUCUUAUGUUUAUUUGUAGUCAAAUUUUUGUUAUUGAGUUUUCAAAUACAUACAAUUUAAUAUGAUCUUAAUAUUUUAAAAUAUUAUUAUUGCUAUUUAUAUAUUUCUUAUUUUAAGAAAAACUUAGUAAAUUCAAAAUCUUUACAAUACGUUUAAGAGCUCUAUACAAUUUUUUUCUUUUGGAUACGGAUGUCAACAUACAAAUAUACUAAAGGAUAAUAUACUUACAUACCUUUGUGAUUAUUGUAAAUAAUUUUAAUUAAAUAUACGCUUAAGUAGGCAUAAUAAAUUAUUGUGAUUGUGUGUAAUAUUGUAGAUAUUUGUUUAUGAGCCAAUCACAAGCAGUACGAGCUCUUAAAAAUAUCGCCAUACUUUAAAUAAAACAGUCACCGACAGUAAUAAAUUUGUUUUAAAAAUGUUUCAUUAUAUUGUAUUAUAAUCCUGAAUGGAGUAUUUCUUCCAAUUUAAGACAACAAAAGAGUGAGACAUACACAGUGGCUCUGAAUAUGAGAACGAAAUAUCUCCACUCAGG